AUGUCAGAGGGGCUGUAGAAAAGGCGCGGAGCCCCGCGCGGUGCCCGCGCUGCAGACGCGCCGCUCGCAGCUCCGCGGCGGCUCCGGCUCCGGCUGCGCUGCCGCCCCGGGCCCCGCGGGCCGCGCCGCUUUAAGGACAGAGGGGGGCCGCGAGUGCCCGUCCCAUCUGGUGCCCGUCCAACUCUUCCUCCUUCCCCUUGGCUUUUUCUUUUCCCAAUGAGCUCCAGCGGGCUGGGGGAGGAGCGGGGGAAGGAGCAAACUUUGCCCCUGAGCUGCCGCCGCUGCCAGCCCUCUGGACUGUGAGUGCGUACGGUGGGCAUCCGCCCAGCCUCCCUGCAGCACCAGCCUGCUCUCCGCCUGCUGCAGCCUCCCUCUCCCUUGCAUUCCUCCUCUAAAUUUCGCACAGUACGAUGUAAGGGGCUUGUCGUAAUUUUUUCCUAAUUCUUAUUUAUUUCUCACCGAAGAUGGUUUAAUUUUUUUUUUAUAUUUCUACUAUUUAUUAAUCCCUCCCAACCGUAAGCCUGCCCAGCCUUCUGCCAGCUGGGCCAGAGCAUAAAGCCUGGGACUGCACCUGGGGCAAUGAGCCCUGCACUGAAGAAGCCUCCUAGAGAGAUGUGCCGGGGCCGCGCAACAGACUAGAUCCAAGCCCCGAAGCUCACACCACCAGUUAUCCCCUCUCCCUCAUCCCCUCGCCCGCCUUUUCUGCACCCCAUCCCUUGAAACCUCGGAUCAGUGCCUGCGCCGCGCUCCGGAGAGCUCUGCCGGGGGAAAGCCCGGUGCCCGAGGAGAGACGGGGCGGCCGUGCUAGAUGCAUGGGGGAGGGCUCCGGUUAAUGCAAGUUCUGGGCUCCUGCAGGGACCCCGACAACUGUCAGCAGCAACAGCAGCUCGGGCCCUCCUCCUCUGCUUCCUCAGCGAUGCUUUUCCACAGUCUUUCCGGCUCGGAGAUGCACGGGGUCAUCGACGAGAUGGAUCGGAGAAGCAAAAGCGAAGCACCGGCCAUCAGCUCGGCUAUAGACAGGGGAGAGACGGAAACGCAGACCAUGCCUUCCAUCAGCAGUGACAGGGCUGCCCUGUGCGCCGGCUGCGGGGGUAAAAUCUCCGACCGUUAUUACCUCCUGGCUGUGGACAAACAGUGGCACAUGCGCUGCCUGAAGUGCUGUGAAUGUAAACUCAACCUGGAGUCCGAGCUCACCUGCUUCAGCAAGGACGGCAGCAUCUACUGCAAGGAGGACUAUUACAGGAGGUUUUCGGUGCAGAGAUGUGCGAGGUGUCACCUGGGGAUUUCUGCCUCCGAGAUGGUCAUGAGGGCCAGGGAUUUGGUAUAUCACUUAAACUGCUUCACUUGCACCACUUGCAACAAGAUGCUGACCACUGGCGAUCACUUUGGCAUGAAGGACAAUCUGGUGUACUGCCGCCUCCAUUUCGAGACUCUCAUCCAGGGGGAGUACCAGGUGCAUUUCAAUCACUCGGAUGUAGCCGCUGGGAAGGGCCCGGCUUUGGGAGCGGGCUCUGCCAACACUUUGGGACUGCCUUAUUACAAUGGCGUGGGGACUGUCCAGAAGGGGAGACCCAGGAAAAGGAAAAGCCCGGGGCCUGGAGCAGAUCUGGCAGCCUACAAUGCAGCUUUAAGUUGCAAUGAAAACGAUGGUGACCACCUGGACAGAGACCAGCAGUACCCCAGCAAUCAGAAAACAAAGCGCAUGAGGACGUCCUUCAAGCACCACCAGCUGCGGACAAUGAAGUCAUACUUUGCUAUUAACCACAAUCCUGAUGCCAAGGACUUGAAACAGCUAGCUCAGAAAACUGGCCUCACCAAAAGAGUUCUUCAGGUUUGGUUUCAAAAUGCUCGAGCCAAAUUCAGACGGAACCUCUUACGCCAAGAAAACACAGGGGUGGAUAAGACUUCAGACUCAACACUCCAAGCAGGGACCCCUUCAGGUCCUGCCUCAGAAAUAUCCAAUGCCUCCAUGAGUCCAUCCAGCACUCCCACCACUCUAACAGACUUGACUAAUCCCACUAUGCCAACCGUGACGUCCGUCCUGACAUCAGUGCCCGGAAGUCUUGAGGUUCAUGAAUCUCGAAGUCCUUCACAGACAACUCUUACAAAUCUUUUCUGAUGACUCUUUCUUAAUAAUUUCUUUAAAAAAGAAAUUAUUCUUAGCUGAAAUUCCAAGUGUAUUUUAAUAGAGGCUUUGAGCAACUGACUAACCACAAUUAGGAUCUCUCCUAAAAAACAGAAGGAAAUGUAGUGUUCUGGUAUUAUGGAGUAUGGACUGAAGAAUAACUUGGAAGAUCUAUUGCAACACAACAUUUGUGUAACUGUACAGUUUUGUGGACUGAGCAAGGGAAACAGCAAUUAAUUUAAGUUGGCUAAAGCUUCUGUAUUUUCAAAGACUGCCAUGUGCCUUAUAUACUGUUUUAUCUACAUUCUUUGGAUUCCAUGUCCACUUCUCUCUUUUUCUCUCUGUAUAUUUAUGACCAGGGCAAAAAUGUUAAAGAGUUUGUUACUUUGAAUAGUCCUAAGCCUUUCAUUGGUUGCUUUGUUGUUUUAGAAUUUUAAGGUCGAAGUCUGUUCGAAUACCAGAAUUUGUAAAAUCUAACCAGUAAUAAAACCACUUAUGGAAACUACUUGGAAAUGGCUGCAGUUACGUUUAACAUUAGUGUCACAAUCGAGGUAGGCUGACUGGAUCUAAAAGGGUUAGAAAAAUGCACUUCAGACACAGUGUCUGCCUAGGAAAAACCCCAAAUGUGAUGUACACGUUCCUCUGGUUCCCAAAGUGUUUAUGGGUGAGAAAUCCAGCUUGUACAACAGUAGGUGUCUUCAUUGUAGAGAAAUAAUGUUAGUUGCAGGUAGAAGUUAUCAGAUAAUGUUAAAACUCAAAUAGAAGAACUGUGGUUCAUUUUGCCACCUGAAGGAAACCUGACUUUGGCCAGCAUGCAUGGAUCUUGCUUUGUGUGAGGUGUGGCUUGUCCCCUGCCCUGGAGGAGGCCAGCAGGGUCCCACAGCUCAGUGGCCACAUCACCAAGGUGGACACUGGCAGAGGUUUGCCCUAGGAAAAAGGCAAAAAUAUUUCAGGUUAUUUUGCAACACCGGUGGGCAAAGUUGAGGCAAAACUAUGUUUUAUAAAGUCACAGCCUUACAUUUUUUGUAAUGUUUUGAAGGAAUAAAAAGCCAAGGAAGAAUAUAUUAUUGACACUGGAAGUGGUUAUUCCUUUAAUGAUUAUGGACCUUUCGACAGAACUGAAUUCCUUCUCCCCAAAAAUCUCUGCAGAAUAUAACUCAUAUUUUGAGGUUUUUUCCUGUUGUUUUUAAAACUGCUUUUCUGUAAUAAAAUAAAUACCUCAGCAAAGUUUAAUUAUGUAUAAGAAGGAGUCUCCACUAUGCUGUUUGCCCAGUAGGUUUAGAGGUUUGGAGUGGUACAUAAGAUGCAGAUGGUUGUUCCUUUUCAAACCUGUUCCAAUCAGUUCUUUCAGUCAGAUGUUGGGUUGUACUGGCCAGCUCUCUAAAACGAAUCCCUCAUUCCCAUUGCAUCAGAAUUACUAAAAGAUUAUUCCAAAUAAACAGCAAGAUAGAUGCCGAGAUUUGUGUUCUUUGCCCUUCUCAGGGCACUGAAGAUGAUUUUGUAGGCUGGACUUUUUCUGAACAGUGAUUUGGUUUUAAAAGUGCUACAUUUAUUCACCUUUCUGGGCUGCAAAUUUGCUAUUCUUGUGCCAGCCAAAUUCCUAUCAAGAUCAGGGAGAGAUUUCAGAGCAUGAGGACUAUGGGAUAGAAAAGCUGACAUAAUUGGGUCAUUUAUUAACCUUUUUAACACUUCAGCUUAAAAAACCCCAGAGGUGAGCUAUGGGCAAAGCAAGACAGUCCUCAAAGAUGGGAACUAGCUGAAAUCUGCAGGAGGGAUUGGGGUCUGGCCACCAAACCCAGGGUGGCAGGGUCUCUUGAGUUUAUGCACAGUGAUGAGACACUAAAAAAGAUGAUUUGUGUUGAAUUUAUAAAUGUUACAGGUUUAUCCAGGACAUUUUUCCUCGUAACCCCAAUGUCUGAUAAGGAUGUUGUGCUGGUUGGUGGACUGUAACAGGUACAUAUCUGCCUUUCAAAGCUGUUCUGACACGGAGAUUCUGCUGUUUGUAACAUUUUGUUCAUUGUCAAUCACCUUGGAGAUUUUUUUUUUACAUGGUAAGCUGGAUCUUUUCUUGAUUUAAAAGGCAAUUUUGGUCCACUGUUAAAUGGUUACAGCCCAUAAUUAAAACCCUGUGUAUUAACCUGUGAACAGUUAAAAAAUACUGAAUCUUGAAAUCUGAAGUGUUACAAAUGUAGCAGAGAACAAUUCCAGUGGUUCUUUAAAAUUGUACUGCUAUUAUUUGUGAUCUUGUAUCUUAACUACCUGAAUCCAUGUGGAUGGAAAUACCUUUCAAAUCAAUUCUCAAUAUUGCCUUUUCAAACACCUGACCUUCCUGAAGGGGAAUACUCUCAUGGUAAUCUUAUCUGAAACCUAUACGAGACAAUUAGAGAAAUUGUCUGGUUUAAUCAAAUCAGGGAUUUUGCAUAUAAAUAAGAGACAAUAUUCUAUGUAGGGUCUUUAUGUAGGUGCAUUAGGAUUCACUCUGGCUCCAAUGACCUAUGUUGUCCCCAUGACUGUUUCAAUCCUGUGGUAUUGUUUGGUUGUUUAGAGCUUGUUGGUUUUGAAUGCUGUACAUUUUUUUACUACUGCAAUCCUAAUGUUUCUUCACAUUCUUGUACAGUUCCACAUUUGAUGUAUUAGUCUGAAAUUCUGUUAAAAACAUGAACAAAAAUGGAAAUGAUAUUUCUUUGGAAGUGUAUUUUUACUGUAUAUCUAAUUUGAACUAGUUGAACAUACUUCUUUACA